AUGCAACUUUUUCUUCUAUUUCUCUUCAUAAUCCCGGCAGUUUAUGGCCUUUCAUGCCCUCCUGAAUACAUUUUGGUCAGUGGGAUAAAAUGUCUGAAAAUGUUCUCGACACCUGCAAACCAUUGGGAGGCUGAGAAGAAUUGUACAUCUGUUGAAGGAACGCUGGCUAAUAUUAAGAAUGCUAUAGAUAACCGCGUUGUGACAGAGUUUGUGAGAAAUGCCAGCGUCAAUGCAGUCUGGAUAGGUCUCACUUGCUAUGGCAACAAUAAAUACUCAUGUUAUUGGGAUGACGCUUCCGGGAUGCCAAGUUUGUAUGACAAUUUUAAUUAUAACGAGCCAUCGGAUAAAGAAAACGGAAAUUGUAUUGUAAUGUCAGCCGAAACGAACUGGAAAUGGGAGAGUAAGGUGUGCAUGGAUCCAGCUUGGCCAUAUGUUUGUGAAGCGCCGACUACUGUAGAAAAAUCAUCUUGCAGUCAAAAAUACAACUACAAUAACAAUUGCUACACAAAAUCUCUUCAGGUGGCAAACGGUAGUUUGGCUGCCUACAAUUGUCAGAAUAAGUCCGACACCUUGGUUUCAAUUCAUUCAAAAAUGGAAGUUGAUUAUAUAAGGAAUUUGUACAAAGGGACGAAUACAACGAGUAUUUAUAUUGGAGCAACGGUAGAUGCCAAUGAUAAAAUUACUUGGCUCGACGGUACUCCAUUCGAUUUUGACUACAGAAACCCUCUUGACACUCAGAAAGGAGACUGUGUAGUGAUGGAUGUCCAUGGAUAUGGGUUAUGGUCUCGAGUGGAUUGCAGUCAGAAUUUCGAGUACCUCUGCAAGAAUCCACUUCACGGAGGAAGUGAUCCAGAAGUUCUUGAAGACAAACCUGAAGUCCUUCCAACCCAAUCAGGAUGCAACUCAUCGGUUGUCCUCGCCCCUGGCUUCAUUUCGACCUUCGAGUAUCCUCUGAACGGUCUCAAUAUCUGGGCUUGUUACUAUGAUAUCGUUGCUCUUGGUCCCUAUAGUGUUGGCAUAUAUUUUGAUUUCAUUGACACGUACGGAGAGCUGACUGUGUUUGAUUAUCGCGGUGUGAAGAUUGGAGAUUUCGGAGGGAUAGACAACAGGGAUCAGGUAGCGGUGUAUGCUCCAUAUAACACUGCUACAGUAUACUAUGAACCAAGGCAUAAAAAUGGGACGGAGAAGGAUAAAGGGUUUCAUGCGGUCAUUUUGCCAUUGUGA